UGUGCAAUGUACAGUCUUACUUUCUAGAAGGCAGGCUACUGUUUGUUUAUUGUGUUGUUUUACCGCCUAUUACGCCCAGUAGGGCUCUUCAGUUAGGGGAUCCUCACCAUUGGCUUUACUGUAAUUCAGCUGGUUGUUAUUUGUAUUGAAAAUACCAGAGGUUUCUAUUAACCCUGUCUUCUAAGUACAACCUCUUCGAGAGAUCCAGACAAAAGAGAUGGAGGGAGGAGUGAUGGAGAGAGAAGUGAUGUCUGAGAAGCCAGUCAUGCAGACACAGCCAUCCACAUUGCCCUUCUUCGACACGGCCCACGCCUUUAACCUGCUCCGGGGGAUCCACGAACUCCGCGCAGAGCGCAAGUUCUUUGACGUCACGCUCUGCGCCGAGGGCCGCGAGUUCCACUGCCACCGGACUGUGUUGGCCGCAGCCAGCACCUACUUCAGGGCCAUGUUCGCCGGGACACUGAGAGAGAGCGCCAUGGACCGUGUGGUCCUUCACGAGGUGUCUGCUGAACUACUGGGCCUGCUGGUGGACUUCUGUUAUACAGGCCGAGUCACAGUCACCCAGGAUAAUGUAGACCUCCUGCUGAAGACGGCCGACCUGUUCCAGUUCCCCUCCGUUAAAGAGGCCUGCUGUGCCUUCUUGGAGCAGAGAUUAGACGUCUCCAACUGCCUGGAGAUCCAGGACUUUGCAGAGGCCUACGCCUGCCGUGACUUGGCCGUCAGCGCCCGCCGCUUCGUCCUCAAGAACAUUGUGGACCUAGCCAAAGGCAAGGACUUUGAGCGGUUGCCCUGGAAACGGCUGCUGGAAUUCGUGUCGGACGAUGCGCUGUGUGUGGACAAGGAGGAAACGGUCUAUCAGAUCGCGGUGCGCUGGGUCAAAGCAGACUUACAGAGGCGGCUCCACUACUGGCCCACGCUGCUGGAGCAGGUCAGACUACCCUUUGUACGUCGGUUCUAUCUACUCGCCCACGUGGAAAGCGACCCCCUGGUUUACCUCUCCCCCUCCUGCCUGAGGAUGGUGAGCGAGGCCCGGAGCUUCCAGUCGUGUGAGUACGACCGCCACGACAGACCCUGCCAACGCAUGCGGCCACGGCCCUCAACCGGACUGGCUGAGAUCCUGGUGGUGGUGGGAGGCUGUGACCAGGACUGUGACGAGCUGGUCACUGUGGACUGUUAUAACCCUCAGACUGGACAGUGGCGCUACCUGGCCGAGUUCCCCGAUCACCUGGGAGGGGGCUACAGUAUGGCCGCCCUGGGCAAUGAUAUGUAUGUCACAGGAGGAUCUGACGGUUCGCGUCUCUAUGACGGCGUGUGGCGCUACAACUCCAGCGUUAACGAGUGGACCGAGGUGUCGCCAAUGCUCAAAGCCCGGGAGUACCACAGUUCCUGUGUCCUCAGAGGUCAGCUGUAUGUGGUGGCGCCAGACAGCACGGAGCGCUACGACCACGCGCUGGACUGCUGGGAGGCCCUGCCCCCCAUGCUGCACUCCAUGGACAACUGCUCCACCACCACCUGUAAGGGGCGUCUCUACGCCAUCGGCUCCAUGACCACAACAGGGGAGGACAACAUGGCCAUACAGUGUUACGAUGUGGACACCAACCGCUGGACCCUGGUCAACUGUGGCGAGCUGCCACCGUGGUCUUUCGCUCCCAAGACGGUCACUCUCAAUGGGCUCAUCUACUUUGUCAGGGAUGACUCGGCAGAGGUCGACAUCUAUAACCCUCAGAAGAAUGAAUGGGACAAGAUCAGCCCCAUGACACAGGUCCAUGUAGGAGGCAGUGUGGCAGUCCUGGGUGGUCGUCUCUUUGUGUCUGGUGGCUAUGACAACACAUUUGAGCUGUCUGACAUGGUGGAGGCCUACGACCCCUCCACCCAUACCUGGACACCCGCAGGCCGCCUUCCCCAGCCCACCUUCUGGCAUGGUAGUGUCAGCAUCUUCCGCCAGCUCAUGCCCGCCGUAUCCAACGCUUUCGAACCCAUCGACCUGCCCGAGGCUAACUCCAUCCACCUGCACCGACACCACCGCAACCAGGCCCUGCACAACCACAACCUCAACCAGAACCACGACGUCAACCCAGUGUAACACACUCCAUGGACAAGCCAUUUUAGGUUUACUGUGAAAACAUACACCUCAUUAUGAUGCUAAAGAACAAAAGGUGGAAAGACAGAGUGAUCAAGUGAUCCUGCAUGGAUGUGAUCACUAUAGGACUGUAAUUACAUUACAUUGUGCUUAUGUGACUGAACAUGUGUGCAAUUUUGUGAUCCCCAUGUAAUUCACUUGCCUACCACACUGUCAUUGAUCAUGAUCAAUGGGCAUAUUAUUGACUGGACUAAUAGACUGUCUGGGUAUGAAGGUCUCAUGUUGGGGAAAGCACAAUCUACACAUACAUGGACAUCUACGGCAGGCAGUAGUGUAUUAUCUAGAUUAUGGUUAUACAGUUGAAGUCGGAAGUUUACAUACACCUUAGCCAAAUACAUUUAAACUCAGUUUUUCACAAUUC